ACGGAAGCCCAUUGUGUGUUACAUCAAAAUCAAAUACACAGAAGCGGAUUUUUCCGGCCAGACAAAGGGGAUUAUCAAUGGAGACGCUGAUCCUCCUCCACCCUUCACCGAAACUCCCACCGCCGCCGCUGCUGCGGCCAAAUCUCUUCCACUCUCCGACGACAACUACGAUUCCUUCCAUCGCCUGCUUCCAAUUCCCCCAAUCCACUCUUCUCCGCCGCGGCACCAAGUCUACCCGCCGGAUAGCGCCCUCAGCGUCGUUCAGAAACGGAAGCGAUGCUCCAGAAACAGGGUGCCCUGUCCCCGCCGAUCAGCAACCCAUAAACGAGUACCAGAGCCUCUCCACCUCCUUCCCUUUCUCUUGGGCCUCCGGCGACAUCGUGGAGUACUGCUCCCGCCUUUUCGUCACCGGCGCGUCUUUCGCUCUGUUCGUGGGCCUGCCCGUCUCCUGGUUUGGCUCCGUCGGCCCGCAAUUGGACCCCUUGAAACCGAUCUUUGCUGCCCUCUCCAGCGGGAUUCUGGUGGUUAGCCUCGCGGUCUUGAGGAUGUAUUUGGGUUGGGCGUAUGUUGGGAACCGUCUGCUCAGUGCCACUGUCGAGUAUGAAGAAACCGGGUGGUAUGAUGGUCAGUGCAAUUUGGCUCAACAGAUAUGGGUGAAGACUGCAGAAGUUCUUACUAGAGACAGGCUUCUUGGCUCCAUUACUGUGAAGCCUGUUCUAAGCAGACUAAAGAACACGCUUGUAACUCUAGCGGUGAUGCUGUUUGUUUGUGUUCUGCUCUUCAUCAACUUGGAGAGGGAGGCAAAUACGUACAGAUUGGAAGAAGGUCGCGAUAGAUCUGUACCUGGAGUUUACAACGACGACUCGGCGAGAUCGUUUGAGCCGGAUGCUUUCUGUGGUGAACCUAGUAGUGAUGUUCCUUCGUCGUGAAUCAUAUUGAAUGAAAUUUGUCAAGAAUGUGUGUUGUGCAUAUAUUGCUAUCGAUGUAGUAAGUUGUAUAUCCGAAUUCAAUGUAGUGCAGAGGUUGAAAGCUACGGAAUCUCUCAGGUGGUCAUUGUUUAAAGGAAAAAGAUUCUUAGUUUACGGGAUAUGGUUCGCAAGGAAAAGCCAAACAUUAGAGAGCUUCCAUUUUCAUACCAGACGAG